CGUCCUCGUUGCUUUCGCUCUGAGCGUCGACGUUGCCAUUGCCGGUACCGGUGCGCAGUCGGUGGUCGUGGUCGGUGUUAGAUGGUUAAAAGGAAACAGAUCCGAGAACAAAGCGACAUCCAUAAGCGAAAAACGCGGUUCAUGCACGUGCUCCGGUUUCACAGCCGGCAGCGGUAAGCCGGUAUUUCGACGGUUACGAUCGUGAAAUCUCUAUAUCGGUGACAAUUUCGUUCGAAUCGGGUUAACUUUGUUAGGUUAACUAACAAACAGCCGACGUGAAUGGUGACGUAAACGCAAAAGUAACGAUCAUCGAAGUACGUACAUAUGUAUAUGUAAUUCCAAGUUCAUUUCUCGCGAGUUAAAGAUUAAGUAUUAAAUACGCUCGAUGCGAGUGACGCGUGGGCUGUGUGUCACUCGCGUAUACUAGCCUCGUCGAAAUUGAAAAGUAGACGAAGGCAAACGAGUUUAAAGAAGAGAAAGGCAAGAAAAGUAGAAGAUAACGGAGAGGAGAGGAAGAAAGCGACGCAGAGAUGAAAUCGAUCAUCGACAAACUCGAAAGAACCAUUUUUAGAACUAUUUUUUAGUAAUAGUUCCAUGAUUGUUCCAACGAAAAGAUCGAGGAGGAUGAUUCGUGUGUCGUGUUAAUUGGUAUUACGAGAGAUUUAUUCACGAAAAAGGAGCAAGGAGAGCGGGGAUCAAAGGAGAAACAGUUGAAGAGGGUGGCGAGCCGCAGGGUGACCACGGCAGAAGCCGCGGGACGAUGAGCGACGGCAUAGUCGGUGCAAUUGCGAUCAGUUUAUUUGGCAGCGACAAGAAACGGCGGGACAGCAUGGACGCCGGUUAUACGAUACUCGGUAACGACGUCGACGUUUGCAGAAUGUUCGACCAGUUCUCUUACAAGAGGAACGAGACUCUCGACUUCUCGUUGAACGUCCCGCAGCAUCAUCAUUCCGCUUCCUACCACCACAAUAGCUACGCCAUGGCUGACCAAACGUUUCACACUCCGAGUUUCGGCGACGAGGAUUUCGAUAUCCCGGCCAUUCAUUCCCACUCGCAUCAGCAGCAUCAACAGCAUCAACAGCAUCAGCAGCAUCAGCAACAUCAGCAGCAUCAACAUCAGCAGCAACAGCAACAGCAGUCGCAGCAACAGAGCCAACACGAUCCGAUGCACGGUUACCAAGCGCAGAUGAUACAGACCGGUAGCGUUCAACAGUCUCCGGAUGGAUUGAAUCUUGAUCCAGGUGGAUACCAGCAAUCUCUGUACCUGCAACAGGAUCACUCCAUGCAGCCGAUCAGCGUUGGCACGACAUACGCCAACUCGCAGAGUUCGUAUACGAGCAUGAGUUCUCCGCGACAGCAGCAUGGAAGUCAGCAAAUAAUGUUGCUUCAACAACAACAACAACAACAGCAGCAGCAGCAACAGCAGCAGCAGCAGCAACAGCAGCAGCAGCAGCAAGCUCAGAUGCAACAGCAUAUGCAGUACAUGCACUCUCAGCAGCAACAACAGCAACAGUUGCAACAGCAGAUACAGUAUAGGAGCCCAACGGGCGGUAGUCCAUCCGCGAUACAAACGAGUUCUAUUCCCGAGGCGAACAACAACACUACCACCAGCGAAGAUAGCGACGAUAGUACGCCUCAUUCCGGAAUGAUUACCGGCAUUAAGCGACCCUCGCCAGAACCGACCGACGUUGGAACGAAAAAUCAAAGAAAACCGAAAUCGCAGAAGAAGAAAAAAAAGAGGGAUCCCAAUGAACCGCAAAAACCUGUUUCGGCGUACGCUCUAUUCUUUAGGGACACUCAAGCCGCGAUAAAAGGACAAAAUCCGAAUGCGAGUUUCGGCGAAGUGUCAAAGAUCGUAGCUUCCAUGUGGGAUGCACUGGAUACCGAACACAAAAAUGUUUACAAGAAGAAGACCGAAGCUGCGAAGAAGGAAUACCUGCAAGCUCUUGCGGCAUAUAGAGCAUCUCUGGUUAGUAAAGGUGCAGCGGAAAACGAACAGCAUCAGCAGCAGCAACCGCAACAACAGCCGUCGCCGCAACAGCAACAAGUUCAAUACGCGGCUUACGGAAAUUACGCCGGGAAUGGAACAACCGGUAGCGUUUCGUAUCAAGUUUACAGCCCACAACCUCAACCUUCUUCGCCGCAGCAACAACACUCGCAUCCUCAUUCGCAUCAGCAGCAACUCCAUCAUCAGCAAACGGCGCAACAAAUGCAAAUAAAGAAAUCUCCUCAUCAUAUAACCAUACAAGGAAACCCGCAGCAACAACAGACGCAGCAGACACUGAUGUCCACGUCGAUCGCGCAAUCGCAUAUUUCGCAACAACAGCAACAGCAGCAGCAACAACAACAGCAACAGUCGCAGCAACAGCAGCACAUGCAACAACAGGUCUCGCAGCAACAGUACAUGCAGAUGCCGCAGCAGCAAGUGCAACAAGUAACGCAACAAUCGCAACAUCAUCAACAGCAGCAACAGCAGUCGCAACAGCAACAACAACAGCAGCAGCAGCAACAGCAACAGCAGCAGCAACAACAACAAAUGAUACAUACGAAUCCGCCAAAGAAUGAUUCGUUGUCGAGUUCUCCGCCGACGGUCAACUCCGUGACUCAGGCUGCCAACAUGACCGGUCAAAGGCCAUCCUCUAACGCUUGCAUACGUCACGGAUGCCCAAAUCCUGCAGUUGCAAACAGCGAAUGGGAAGACGAGUACUGCAGCAAUGAAUGCGUAGUUAGCCAUUGUAGGGACGUGUUCACCACUUGGGUGUCCUCGAAUCAAAACCCGCAACAAAAUUUUUCCACCGUAAAAUAAGGAUGAGCCGAGUUGGUUAAAACGCACAGCGAUCGUUCGAAAUGUUUCCUACCGUUUCUCGUAGUCGUGCAACACGCGAACAUGCCUGACGUUCGGUGCGUCAUCCGAUUCGAUAUCUUUUUUCCAGGUAUAUCGAUCGCAAGAUUGUUUCGUGUUAAAUCAAAAGACGAACGACGGAUAAAAGCGCGAACCGCUAUAACCGAUCUAUAUAGGUUUCGUUUGAAAGACUGCCUUGCGUCGCAGCACGAUGCCCGUCAACGCGGACAUAUAUAUUGCCGUUUCACUUUUUCACUGACUAUUUUUCACCGCGAGGACGAGCAACGUAGCUGCGCAAUCGCGAAAGAGUAUUAGAAUCGCCAAAGUAGCCGAUAAAAUCGGGCUGUAGUUCGAAGGAAUCGAUAUCUCGUUGUUGCGCGUUCUUUACUAAGCGCGACAGACGCUCACGCGCAUACACCCUAUCGACGAACUAACGAUGAAUCGCGAGCGUAAGCCAAGUUGCAUUCCUUGAACAUCUAGUUAGGGACCGUUUAACGAUAGAUAACAGUAAUUUCGUAGAAAUAUAUUCAGAAAUUUAGGGUAUGUCUAUUUAAAACUGACUUCGCAUGGAUGCGUCUUAUCGGACUAGAAAAAGGACACGAGUUUUCUCAACUAGACACGAAAUUGCCAAUUAAACGUUGUCAACUUGUUUGCAUAAUCUAUGGGAACGAAGGAUGCUCGAAUGAAAAUUGCGUGAAAUCUUAUAAAAGAAAAAAGAAAAAAAAGUGGAAAAAGAAAAAAAAAAAAAAUGAAAUUUCGUAUAUAAAAUUUGCUGACGAGGAAAAGAUAAUCGUGCGGCGAGGAGAAAAGGAGGAAAAACGAGGGAACUCUAGCA